AUGUGGCAACCAACACCGUCAACACCAUCAUCAGCAGCCCCAUCGUCAACAAAUGAUAAUAAAAAUAAUACCGAUGAUUGCAAAUGCAGUGGCGACGAUAGUCAAGCAACAUCGUUAGAACACAACAAACCAACAUUUGGAGCCGUCGAUAACAACAAGAAAGUACUAGAAUCCACAACGGAGGAAGCAACAGAUUCUGGUUUCAUAUCGGGACCACAAACAACAUCGACAUCAUCCAUCCGCAUCAGCAGCAGCAGUGAAGUUGUAGAAGGUGCCAUUGGUGGUGGUGGUUCUGAACAGAAAGUGCAACAAUACGAAACAGAUUCGGGUUAUAUUAACGAAGAAAUAUCUUCUGGUCAUAUUGCAUCUGCCACGACAAGCGACCAAAUGUUACUCAAACACAAUGUUGAAACUGGCAUGUCAGAGCGUUUGGGCAAGCUUAGCUUACAGGGCAAUUCCAAUUUAAAUAAUUUGGAUGCACCCAAAGGAUUUACACAGCUGCAGCCCCAACAGCAACAAAAAGCAAACAUUACACCAUCCUCAGUCUCAGUACCAUCUACUUCCCAACAACAACAACAUGCAGCUGGAUCCUCAACACCCCAACAACAACAACAACAGAAUACAACAAAUAUACCAGCCCAUAUAACACCGGCCAAUGCAUGGGAAUAUUAUUAUCAACAAAAUGAUGAAGGAGAUACGCCUUUACAUUUGGCAUGCAUUUCGGGUAUGGUCGAUGUGGUGGCGGCUUUAAUACGCAUGGCACCUCAUCCCUGUCUAUUCAAUAUACAAAAUGAUCAAGCCCAGACACCUUUACAUUUGGCCACAUUAAUAGCACAUCCCAAAAUCAUCAGAAUGCUUUUAAUAGCGGGAGCAGAGCCAACCAUACGUGAUCGUCAUGGUAAUACAGCUUUACAUUUGGCCUGUAUGUCUGGCGAAGAACAAUGUGUACGAGCUUUGACCAUGUCAAUUGGUGCCUCUGAAGUUAAUGAAGCCCACAGACAAUACGGUCACCGUGCCAAUGACAAAUCCUAUCUCAAAUGUGCCCAUUUACCUUCAGACUUGGAAAUACGUAAUUAUGAUGGUGAAAGAUGUGUUCAUUUAGCUGCCCAAGCUGGUUAUAUUGAAAUUCUACGCAUUUUGGUUUAUUAUGGUGCCGAUAUUAAUGCCAGGGAAGGUAAAUCUGGACGCACUCCUCUACACAUUGCCAUCGAAUGUUGUAAUGAAGAUUUGGCCAAUUUCCUUUUGGAUGAAUGCCGCAAAUUGAAUUUAGAAACCGCCACAUAUGCCGGCCUAACAGCCUAUCAAGUUGCAUGCGUUUUAAAUAAAUCCGAAAUGCAAAAUAUGUUGGAAAAACGUGGCGCUGAACCUCUAACACCUCCCGAUAGUGAUUAUGAUAGUAGCGACAUUGAAACAGAUCUUGACGAUUCAAAGUUAUACGAUCGCUUUGGUGAUCCAGGUUACUUUGUUGGUGGUUACAAAAGCGGCAAUGUCAUGACGGUGGUCUAAUUUGGCCAAAUACUUUUUAAUAAUCAAUAAAACGCUUCCAUGUCCUUUCUAUCUACC